AUGGCCCCGUCGCGGACGAUCGCGCCCUCUCUCACAACCGCGUACCUCGCAAAAUGGUUUCGUGUGAUCAGCAACUUCGUGGCCGGGCUUUUGAUCCUCGGCACGGGUGUCCUCGUCGUUGUGCUGGUCAGCCAAGGCAUGUUUCAAAGCACGUAUGUUUACGUGAAGCCUCCGGAAGCAUGGACCACCCUCAGCACGUCGUGUCGACUGGACGCUGCGGGCUUUGUGCCGUCCUCGUGCAGUGAGGUAGAAGUCGCGGCAACGGGGGCGUUGCCCUGGCAGAGCAUCGGCGCCCAACUGGCCCUGGACCUGCGCAUCGCGAGUCACAACUCGACGGUCUUUGUCACGUCAUGUCUUGCUGCCAACAGUGUUGAUGUCACCGCGUCGGUGUCCCUCGUGGUGGGCGAGCGGGACUUCCCGCUGUGCCGACCCACGGCGCGUCAAGAGAUCUUGGGGCUGAGUGCAGUCGAAGCAGUCACGACGGCAGUGUUCCCAAACGGCGCGUUUCUCCUGAGCACGUUCUCGGACGCCAAGCCCGUGGAACGGGUGGACGUAGUCGACACGAUGGGGGUUCGAAUUCCCGUCACGCGGUCCGUGUCCAAGACGAUUAUCGCGACCGACGGCACCACGACGCCAACAUUGUGGAACCAGCCCAACUACGCCACGUCGCUCAAUAGCUUGAACCGCUUCUUCCUCAUGCAAGUAUGGCUCGUCGUGCAUUUCGUCGACAUCUCGGCCCUUGUGGCGGCCAACAAGAUUGACGGCUACCACAUCGGCAAAACGACGGGGUAUGCCACGACGCUUGGCUGGGACAACUCGCACAACGUGGACAACUACAUGCUGUUGCUCGCGUUUCAGAUCUUGAUUUGCGCCGUGUCGCUCGCGCUGCUCAGCAACGACGGUGUGAUCACGUUGGAAGGCCUCUCCGGGCUGCUAAAGAACAAACCUGUGCUCACGUACGACAUCCUUGCGUCGUUGGAGCGGCGCAAGGUGCUGUUGGUGUCGCUCGUGUGCACUUUCUUCUUCUCCCCUCUCUACGCCGACGCGAUUCGGUACAGCUACGGCGUGACCGGGUAUCACUUCUGGUCUCUCUCGCUCCUCAUGAUCGCAGUGAUGAUGGCGCUGUCGUGGAUAGCCCUCUUGACAAGCCUCCAAUGGCUGCCAGUUCCCGUGCGAUGGCUCAACCGACCGAUAUGUUACUCGGCUCCCGUCUUUGUCUACUGCACGGUGCUGUUUGUCGUGAUCGUUGAGGCAGCUCAGUCGCAAGGACCAGUCCAAGCCGAAUCGUUUUGGAACCACGGAGGCAACACAUUGUUCCUCAACAUCAACGGGACGUUGUACAAAUCGGGAGCGACCGACACGCAGGGCACGACGCCUGUCAUCUACCUCCUUAUGCCAGACUUGAUCGUGUGUGUGGUGGCAGCGUGGGUGGCCUCGAUUGCUGCGCACAAGGUUCUCGUGGGCUACGUCGUUCUCGACACGUCGUGGACGAGUCACAACGACUUUGUGAGCCAACUGCCCAUGCCCCAGUGGGUCACGAGCCUCGACUUGGACCACAAGAAUACCAUCUCGAUUGGAAACAAGCUGUACUGCAAGCCAAGCUUGAUGGUGCUGCUGGGGUAUUGCACCAUUCGCGACAAAACCCGCGCGGUCCACUACGCCAUGUCGGGCGAGACGCACAACACCCACGUCUACGUGUCGAGCCACCACAGCAGCUCCCACGAUAGGGUGGACACGCAUGUCCUCCAUACGGGGGGCAACGGACACAAGGGGAACCACAGCGCUCUACUUGACGACGCCGCCGCCGCUCGCCAGCACGCGCAGCGCCUCCGAAGCGCCACCGAGUACUUUGUCGUGAGCAUUUACGUGCUGGUCCCGUCGAUUCUCCCGUGGGUUCGGUACUUUCAUCAGCCCCAAGUCUUUGGCAAGAUCUCAAGCAACCGGUUUGAACGGUGCAAAAGCAAUACGCAUCUCGAGCAAGGUCUCAAGUACACUUACAGUCGAGGCGACUGCUGUGGAUAACAUAUUUAAUCCCGACUUGUAAUGUCG